UCAGAAAAAACAAGGAAAUGAUCUAGUUUGGAUGAUCUAGUCCAACGUCCAUUCUGAGUUGCGUCAGGGCAUAACUGUGGCAUUCAGUAAAUUCUCUGCAUGAUUCUUUGACACAUACAUGUUGGAUUUAUAAUGUAUGUGAUUUAAACUAACUUGAUAAUUGUUCAAAGGACUGUCAAGUAUGAAAUGGAAAUGUUCCUGAGGACCAGGUUUACUUUCAAGGAGAUCCACCACAGCAAGGAGAUCCACCGCAGCCAGGAGAUCCACCACAGCAAAGAGAUCCACCUCAGCCAGGAGAUCCACCACAGCAAAGAUAUCCACCUCAGCCAGGAGAUCCACCACAGCAAAGAUAUCCACCUCAGCCAGGAGAUCCACCACAGCAAGGGCAUCUUCAACACAGUCUUCACAUCAAAGGUAACCAGCGUGGAGGUGGUACAGGCCUACAUAGACCGCAUCCAGGAGAUUAACCCCCUCAUCAAUGCAAUGGUCAAGGACAGGUUCCCUUCAGCCCUGCAAGAGGCAGCACAGGUGGACAAGUUGAUAGAGGAGGAGACCGGAGGAGAGGAUGUCCUGGAGGACAGGCUGCCCCUCCUGGGGGUCCCUUUCACAGUCAAAGAGGCAUUCACCCUUCAGGGAAUGCCUAACUCCACAGGGCUGGUGACGCGGCGGGGGGUCAUUUCGGCAACGGACGCGCCCCCGGUGGCUCUGCUGAAGAGGGCGGGGGCCAUCCCUCUGGGGGUGACCAACUGCAGCGAGCUCUGCAUGUGGCUGGAGUCCCAUAACCACCUUUACGGAAUCACCAACAACCCCUACGACCUAGAGAGGAUACCGGGGGGAAGUUCUGGAGGGGAAGGCAGCAUUCUGGGGGGCGCCGGCUCAGUGAUCGGGGUUGGCUCGGACGUGGGGGGCAGCAUUCGGAUCCCGGCCUUCUUUAACGGCGUCUUCGGCCACAAGCCCACAUCGGGUGUGGUAUCCAACGUGGGUCAGUUCCCACCAGCCACGGGCCAGCAGCCUGGCUUCCUGUGCACCGGCCCCAUGUGUCGCUACGCCCAGGACCUGGUACCCAUGCUCAGAGUCAUGGGGGGGCACCAAACUGACAGGUUGUCCCUGUUGUCUGAGGUGGAUCUGAAGAGCUUGCGGUUCUUCUCCGUGGCCCACGACGGAGGCUCCCUGCUGGUGUCCCCCGUAGACCGGCAGCUGGUCCUGGCCCAGAGGAGGGUCGUGGAGCGUCUGGAAGCCGACCUGGGGGUUGAAGUUCAGCAGCUGAAGCUCCCUCAGCUCAAAUACUCCUUCCAGAUUUGGAGCGCCAUGAUGGGAGCCCCUGGGAAGGACGGAAAGCAGCCCACGUCGUUUGCAGAGCUGAUGGCAGACCAUGGGACCAAGGUGUGGCCUCUGUGGGAGAUGGCCAAGUGGACCGUGGGCCUAUCCAAGCAUACCAUGGCAGCUAUAGGCUUGGCUCUCGUAGAGAUGUUCCAGCGGUCCCACCCAACCGAGUUCAUAAUUCAGCAGAAGGAGUCUCUCCAGAGGGACCUGGAAGAACUAUUGGGGACGGACGGUGUGCUGCUCUACCCCUCUCACCCCCAGCUUGCCCCGAAACACCACCACCCCCUCUUCACACCCUUCAACUUUUCCUAUACCGGUGUCUUUAACAUCCUGGGUCUUCCAGUGACCCAGUGCCCUCUGGGGCUGAGCACGGAGGGCUUACCCCUGGGCCUGCAGCUGGUUGUGGGGAAACAGCAGGACAGGCUGUCCCUGGCCACCGCUGUGUACCUAGAGAAGGCCUUUGGAGGCUGGAGAGAACCAGGCACUACCACCAUCGAAGCCACCUAGACGAUGGAGACCUCUGGAACUGCAUUGUGAAAUAUACAGAUAACAUCCUGAGAUUGAUUAGUCUUUAGUAUAUAAACAAAUUGCAAACACAAACCCAGUCAGUCGGACCAGCAGACAGACAGGCAGACAACACUCCCAAACACUGACACAGCACAUGCUCUCCUGUCAGUUGUACAGCCUCCCCAUGCAUUCACUAGCACAGACUAUCAAGGCUACUGUUUCUGAACCCCUGGAUGGUGUGAUUUUUUUGUCACCAAGUGUCCUACGCUUGUCAAAAGAGCGCUGAGUGUCCCCUGCAUUGUCCAAGUUGUAUGUGUCCCUGGACAUAUUGGCCAAAUACCAACCUUUUCCCCUUCAUAGUGCACUACACCAUGGGUCCCUGGGGAAAUGUAGUGCACUACACCAUGGGUCCAUGGGAAAAUGUAGUGCACUACACCAUGGGUCCCUGGGAAAAUGUAGUGCACUACACCAUGGGUCCCUGGGGAAAUGUAGUGCACUACACCAUGGGUCCCUGGGAAAAUGUAGUGCACUACACCAUGGGUCCCUGGGAAAAUGUAGUGCACUCCACCAUGGGUCCCUGGGAAAAUGUAGUGCACUACACCAUGGGUCCCUGGGAAAAUUUAGUGCACUGUUUAGGGAAUAGCCUUCCAUUUGGGCCAGAAUCAGACACAUGGUUAUAUGCUGUAUGUAGUGUUAUGUUGAGUCAGGAGGGGUUUCAGUUUAGUGCCCAAUACGGGUUUUUACUCUGUACACUGUAUGUUUCUAGCCUGGUCCCAGAUGUGUGUUCUGUGUUCAACUCCAUUUCUGUGUGGCUCAAGCCAAAUUUGGUAAUGCAACAAGUGACAAGAAGUUGGCACGGUGGCAUAAAUGAACGGGCACUCAGGCUGGCUGAAUGAAUGUAUUCUGAAGUAGUCCUUUUUAAAAUGAUGGGCAUUGAUGGUUGAUGUAAUAUACAACUUCUCUUAUAUGAGUUGCACUUUAUAAACAAUUUAAAGCUUCAUAAUAUACCGGGAUCUGUAAAGAAAUGUGUAGACAAGUAUGACACAUUUAAAACAUUAUUUGUGUUCAUUUUUAAGGUCAAUUGUUACUGUUUUACAGACAAUCAAUUCAGGGCCGAUAUAAUAAACUGCAUUAUACUGAG